AUGUCUUCCUUACAAUUAGCUUCAUCGUGUUAUUGCUCUAAUAUUAAAUCUAAACAUUCAUCAACACUGUCUUUGAAGAGAGUCAACUGCGCUAUCAAUGUUCCAAAAGCAUCAACGAGAAAGCUUAUUGUUGAUCAAGGAUUGCACAAAUUCAAAGAAACAACAGCACCAUUAUUUGAGAAGAAGAAUAAUGACAACAUCAUCAAAAUACUACAUGAUAAUGAAGAUGAUGAUGAUGCAUAUCAUCGUAAAUCUACUACUACUACUACAGAUUCUUCUGAGGCCACAAACACCACAAUAAGAAUUCAUGAACUCUAUGCAGUGUUAGAGGCAGUAUCGGACAGAAUUGAAAUGCACAACAACAUGAAAGAGCAACGUGACAAUUGGAACACUCUCCUCUUAAACUCCAUCAACAUGAUAACACUCACUGCCUCAACCAUGGCUGGUGUUGCUGCCACCACUCACGAUGGUUCUUCUGUUGCCCUCAAGCUAUCUUCUGCUCUCUUGUUCACCGCCGCCACGGGGAUGUUGCUUGUCAUGAACAAGAUCCAACCCUCACAACUCGCCGAGGAACAAAGGAACGCCACCAGACUGUUCAAACAACUCCAUAGCCAAAUCCAAGCCACAAUAAUAGCCCUAGUUAACAACAACAAUAAUAAUAUUUCCAUUGAAGAAGCAGUGAAGGGUGCAAUUGAGAAGGUUUUGGCACUUGACAAAGCUUACCCUCUUCCAUUGUUAGGUGCAAUGCUUGAAAAGUUCCCAUCAAAGUUUGAACCAGCUAGGUGGUGGCCUAACCCUAACAACAACAAUAAUAAUAAUUCUCAAGACAAGAAUAAUAAUGGUUGGAACAUAGAACUGGAAAGGGAAAUGAGGGAGGUGAUGGAAGUGGUAAAGAGAAACGACAAAGAGGAGUAUGAGAGGCUAGGGAACUUGGCUUUGAAGAUGAACAAGGGAUUAGCUAUUUCAGGACCUUUGUUAACUGGAAUUGCAGCACUUGGAUGUGUUGCUUUUCUUGGAGGAGAUAACAAUGGUGGUAUGGUUGGUGUUGUUGCUGGGGCUAUGGCUGCUGUGGUGAAUGCAAUUGAGCAUGGAGGACAAGUAGGGAUGGUGUUUGAGAUGUACAGAAACUGUGGAGGGUUUUUCCAGCAAUUGGAAGAGAGAGUUGAAGCCACACUUGAAGAGAAUGAUUUGAAUAAAAGAGAGAAUGGUGAGUUGUUUGAGAUGAAUAUGGCUUUGCAAUUGGGAAGAAGUGUGUCACAGCUGAGACAACUUGCAUCAAAAUCUUAUUCCUCUCGUCUACACGCAACUCAGAUUGAUGAAUUCGCCAGCAAACUCUUCUAA